CCGUCGCUGGUGACGCCUUUUGUCCGCUCCCGGCGCUCGUGGCGGCUGUUGCGUCGCGGCCCGUGGCGGCCAUGGCGCAGCCCGGCGGGAGUCGCCCUGUCACCGUCAGCGACGUGCAGCGGCUGGUGCAGAGGAAGGACGAGAUCGAGGCGCAGAUCAAGGCCUGCUACGAGCUGCUGGAGGGCCAAAAGGGCGUGGGGAUGAACGAGCCGCUGGUUGACGCCGAGGGCUUUCCCCGUGACGACAUCGACCUCUACCAAGUGCGCACCGCCCGGCACAACAUCAUCUGUUUGCAGAAUGACCACAAGGCCCUGAUGAAGCAGGUGGAGGAAGCUCUUCACCAGCUGCACGCCCGGGAGAAGGAGAAGCAUGCCAAGGACGAGGCGGAGGCGUUGGCGGAGGCGAUGAGCCAGAACCAGAGCCUGCCGCAGGCUUUUGCCAAAGUCAACGCGGUGACUCCAGGAUCUCCUGCAAGUCUCUCAGGGCUUCAGGUCGAUGAUGAGAUUGUGGAGUUUGGUUCUGUCAAUGUAAACAACUUCCAGAACCUGCAGAAUAUCGCCACGGUGGUGCAGCACAGCGAAGGGAGACCCCUGAGUGUGACUGUGAUCCGCAGCAGCAAAAAAGUGCACGUGGGGCUGACUCCGAAGCGCUGGGCUGGGAAGGGCCUCCUGGGCUGUAAUAUCAUUCCCUUGCAAAGAUGACCAUUGCUUGGAAAACAAUAAACUGAAGCUUGUGCCUGCUUUCUGGACUCUGAUCUGAUUUGAAAACUUCCCUAGGUGUUUUUACUGAAACGGAUGUUUCAGAGGCUGUGAUCUCUACGUGCCAGACUCGGGGAGUCUGAAGAGGUUCUGACCGAGUAAGGUCUGACUGUCAUUCAGAGUUGCACUGGUUCAUCAGGAGUAGCUUGUGGAGUUGCAAGAUGUGGCUUUUCCUUUCUUACACCUUGUGUAAGUUUGGUAUGAGGCUAUAGAGAGACCCAAACUUUGCUUCAUACAGACUAAAGAGCAUUAGAUGCUCUUAUUUGGUGAUAACAGAGCACACACCCCCACACCCCCCCCCAAUUCCUCACUGAACAUCUUAUAAUAUAUGCUAAAAAGUCCCGGAGCACUUUUUGGUGUCUAUAAUAGUAGAUCACAGUCAAGAAAUAGGCAAGUUUGAUACUUUAUCUUCCCUGUGUUGCCACAACUUUUGAAAUCACUCAACGUGAUGAAAGAAUUUUUGUAACACUUAAUUAUUUUAAGUUAAUGAGAUAAGGAAUUAGGGGUGUUAAGUCUACUUUGCUUUACCUCUAGUAUUUUAUAUGGUCAUGGUAAAAGUACUCCUGACUUGAUGACUUUUUUUAUUUUGUUUUGGUUUUGUUUACUUGCAGUAGUUGGUUUUGGGGUGUAUAAACUCUUGAAGGGGGAUUUCUGGGACGACUGGUUUGUUGUAAGCUUGUUUCUAGUUGAACUUCAAAGUACUCUCCCAAAACAAUAAAAGUGAGUAACGCCUCUC